AUGACCACGCCUGAAUACAUCGCAGGCAGCAAGGAUGCAAUCCGUCAGUUCCUAGACAGGUUCGAUGUCUUCCUCAUCGACUGCGAUGGCGUCCUCUGGUCCGGAGACCACUUGUUCCCAGGCGCCGUGGCCACGCUGGAGAUGCUGCGCAAGAAGGGCAAGCAGGUCGUUUUCGUGACCAACAACUCGACCAAGUCCAGGCAAGACUACCAGAAAAAGCUGGGGGGGAUGGGCAUACCUGCGAGUGCCGAGGAGGUGUUUGGCUCGUCGUACUCGGCCGCGAUCUACAUCUCCAGGAUCCUGCCUCAAGCGCAUCCACACCUCAAGCAAAAGAACAAGGUCUUCGUGGUGGGCGAGGCCGGCAUCGAGACCGAACUCGAGUCCGAGGGCAUACCGUACCUGGGCGGCACAGACCCGGCGUACAGGCGAGACGUGACGCCCGAGGACUACAAGCUCCUCGCCGCCGGCGACCCCAAGGCCCUGGACCCGGAGGUGGGCGUGGUGCUGAUGGGCCUGGAUUUUCACUUCAACUACCUCAAGAUGUGCUACGCUUACCAGUACAUCCGGCGGGGGGCCAUCUUCCUGGCCACCAACAUGGACUCGACCCUGCCUUCAGCGGGCUCGUUCUUCCCCGGCGCGGGAUCCAUCUCGGCGCCCCUGAUCAAGAUGCUCGGCGGCCAGGAGCCCAUGGCGUUUGGCAAGCCGAACCAGGCCAUGAUGGACGCCAUCGAGGGCAAGUUCAAGUUCGAUCGGAGCAAGGUGUGCAUGGUGGGCGACCGCGCCGACACGGACAUCAGAUUCGGGAUCGAGGGCAACCUGGGAGGCACCCUGGGUGUCUUGACGGGCGUCGCGACGGAGAAGGACUUUCUGGAGGGAGACAUCCGACCGGCAUACUAUGUGAAUGCAUUGAACGAUCUCUUGGAGGCCGCAUGA